AUGGACCCAGAGGAGGUCAUCGAGCUCUUUGAUUAUUACUGGUUCGGCCCCAAAAUCUUCAAGAAACAACACCCAAAUCUACAGAAUUCGUCGGACUUCGAAGCAAAUACAGAUUAUGGAAUUCAAGAAAACCCGCGAAAACCAGAGAUUUCUCGCGUUCCAAUCCUCCAUAGAAGGUCCCUGAGUGACCAACUGAGCUCCAAAGCAGGCUUCAAUUGCGGCUCUGUGUCACCAGAUACAGUCCUCCUCUCACCAAAGCUCCGUACCAUCCUUUCCGGAAAAGAAAUUACGGAACCGGAGAAAAUUAAAACAACAGAUCUUCAAGUAUCGUCCAAGAAGAAGGUCACAGGUAGUAGAAAGAAGAGAGGCGAAACCAAGAGCCUGUCUGCCCUUGAAUUUGAAGAGCUAAAAGGGUUUAUGGAUCUGGGUUUUGUUUUCUCAGAAGAAGAUAGGAAUUCAAGCUUGGCUUCGGUCGUUCCUGGGUUGCAAAGAUUUGGGAAGAAAGAUGAGGAAGAAGAUGCUGUUGAUGAAUCUGCAACUUCAAGGCCUUAUCUUUCUGAAGCUUGGGAGGUUUUGGAUAGAAGAAAGUCACAGAACCCGUUGAUGAAUUGGAAAAUUACUGCCUUGAGCGAUGACAUUGACAUGAAAAAUAAUCUGAAAUGGUGGGCUCACACCGUUGCUUCCACUGUCAGAUGA